GACAUAUUGACAUUUGCACAUUUCAGUAAUUUCGUUUGCGAAUUCUUCCGCUAAACCAUAUUUUCGCCACCAUAUCAAAGCAAAAAUAUGUCUAGCCCAAAAAUGCACAAAGAAACAAUAGUAAGCACCCGUCCAGACCGAGAGAUACGUAAAAAGGUGAUAAAACCUGGCGACUACACCUUGGUUCCUUACGAAGAUUCCCGCUGCAAAAUCGUACUUACAGACGUUAAAUGUACUAAUGAGUCGGGAAAUUGCGAGAUUGAGCCGGUCAGCCGUGUAUUCAGCCGUUCAUUCGACGGUAAUGUGUUGAUUGGGGACUCCGAUUCGUUUAUAGACAAGGAUUUUGAGCUGGUGCUGCAGCAGAUGUGUUGUGGGGAGGUCUGUGAGGCUACCAUGGUGUAUAGGAACAAGGACGGGGCGCUGGUGAAGCAGAUCUCGUGCCAGGUGGAACUGAAGGAGGUGACGGAGGAGCAACUGAUCAGUGACUGGAGCUGGGAGAGACUGUAUGAAGCUGCGGUCCAUCAUAAGGAGCGUGGAGUAGACUUGAUAAAACAAGGUCGGACUGCUGAUGCCUUCCGAAGAUUCAACAAGGCUCUGAAGAUGCUGAUAGCUACGGAACCACUGGACCCUAAGGUGGUUAGUGAACAGGUGGUCAAGGAUAUGGUGGAGCUUAAGGUAAAACUAUACAACAAUUUAGCACACUGCCAGCUACAAUAUGACGAGUAUGAGGCCACACUAGAACUCUGCAACAAGGCACUUAAAUUCGACCCAGUCAACAUAAAGGCCCUUUACAGGAAGUGCUCGGCCCACUCCGGACUCCACAUGUAUGAGGAUGCCUGGACAGACAUACAGAGCGCUUUGAGAAUAGACCCUAAUGAUAAAGCAGCUCAGUUGAAAGCAAACUCCUUGAAACCUAAAAUAGAAAAAAUAAACAAAGACUAUACAACUGUCAUUAAGAAAAUGUUUGGUUAAAAUGUUACCGGCCAGUGUUUGAAGGCUGUGUAGUGAAGAGGUUGAUGCCAAAAGGUUGAGUAUGCCAGCUGGUCUAUGGUUGCAGCUUUCGGCGGUAAAGUAGAAGACAAUGCGUUAUUUCAAGCCAUAUUACAAUAAUUUAUUCUCAUUUGUUGAAUGCCAUCUAAUAUUUUUUUAGAAUACUCAAAUGCAAAUGCGAAUUGAAAUGGCAUUAAUUGAUAAACAUAUCUGUAGGUUUUUAAUUCUUUAUGAAAAUAUUAUUUUCUUUAUGGUAGCUCAAAUAUUUGUUAAUUUAAAUUAAUUAUGGAGUAUGAAUUGCUUUGAAAAGAACGGUUGCACAGGGAUGAUAGGUAAAAUUGUAUGUAGAUAUAUCUCAUAGAAUGGAUUUAAGAAUGAUGUACUUAAGUUGGAGAUAUGGUGGAAAAUGGCUGAAUGAUGACGCUUUGAUUCUGUUUAGCACUGCUAAGACUGUGUAUCACUGUCCUUUACUUAAUCCUAGUUUAAUUACCUAACUAAAUUGAAGCUUUCAUCACAUAUUAUAGGGUCCAUUGUAGAUCCGAUAUUCCGCACCGUGGUGUCAGUAAAGAAAUAGCAAUCUUAUGUGUGUUGAUAUAAAGUUGAAAAUAAGAAAUCAUCAAUUAUAACUACGUUCAUCAUUAUCUCAAUGAGAUAAGAUUGAUAUUCCUACAGUAGCCUAAUAAAAAAUAAUAAUGGCGUCCACGGCCCAUUUCGGCCACGGCGGCUGUUCUCAUAUAAGGAGAUCAGCCAGCUGCGCUGGACAUAUUAUAGUGCACAAGCAUUUGCGCAGACACAGGUGCACUCCCUAUUCCUUCACUCUCAUAACCCGAUGGGACGGCAAUCCGACACGACCGUAGAGAGAUCAGGCGCAGGACUGACACACAACUUCCAGACUACGGGGUGCUUUGUGAAAGUUUAAGAAAAGCCACAAAGCGAUUUCGGCCCGACUCGAGAAUCGAACCCGAAACCUCGAGCACAGCAGCCUCGCUUGCGACUACUAGACCAACGAGGCAGUCAACAGUAGCCAAAUCAUUCAAAAGUAAAAUACAACCGUCCCGUUUUCUGUAGGCACCUAAAUAAAUUGACUAAGGUCGAGAUAAAUAAAACCACCAAAUUAUUAACAAUUAGUAUACAAUAAUAAGGUUAGGCACAAAUAAUAUUAGGAUGUCACCGAUUUUGUACAGUGACUGCUGUAGAUGUUUCAUUUCACAAGAAAAGGUGAGGCAUUUUUAUAUACAUAUGUACGUGAAUGUAUAUGUAUGCAGAUUUACACACAUAAGCAUGGUUUAGGUACCUGUUUUCGUAAAAUGAAAUCCUACGCAGUAGUCAUUGUAUUUUCACAGAAUUUUACGUGCAGCGUUUCACGUAUGUAUGAGUGAUUUUUAUAACAUUUCUAAUUUAGUACAAACAGAAAAUUGUUGUACUUUUAUAUCAUAAAAAUAAAAAUAAUAAUAAUAGGAUAAAGUCUUCUUCUCUAUCUUACUAUUGUAAUAAAAAUAGUUACAUUAAGUCCAGAGAAUACUUUUGCGAGUCUGAAAUUUACUCUUGGCUGUUCGGUAGAAUUUUUAGGAACAACAUUUUUGAAUGCGCAGUCAAUCGGCUAAUUUCAGACUUGCCUAAUUAUUUUCUAUGUAAAGUACCUACUAGCACAUCUGUUAAGUAACUUUUUAUUUAUCUCGACCUGACAUGAGUAUAUUUGUGGUACAGUAGACUGCACAUCAGUGGUAACUGUCAUGCACCUUAACUCAAUAAUAAUAAGUACGAUUUUCCUAUAAAACUGUUACCACUGACCUGACUGUACAGUGAAAUAUUUUUGGUGUUAACACGGCAAAGUCGGUGCAAAACAGAAUCAGUAUAAUAUAUGUGUUAGAUUAUGUCAUAUAAGCAUUUUUCCAAUCGACUUCCUAAUCAAUCUUCUGACUUCCGUAGAAUAAUGCAUUUAAUUACAAUUGAGAGCAAAAAAAUCGGGACAGUCUUUUCUGAAUAUAGAAUAGGUCUUUGCCAGUAAGUUUGACACCAGUCUAACCAAGGGGUAUUGCGUUGCCCGGGUAACUGGGUUGAGGGGGUCAGAUAGGGCAGUCGCUCCUUGUAAAGCACUCAGCUACAUCCGGUUACACUGGAAGCCGACCCCAACAUAGUUGGGAAAAAGGCUCGGAGGAUGAUGACCUGUCUUAGCUAGAAUCAAAGAGUAUAAAAUUUUUAUUUAUCAGUCUAAAGUGAAGUAUGUAAUGAGUACCUAUUUGAAUGAAACAAAACCAUCAAUAAGAUUGUUUCUUUUAAAUGUAAUUUUGACGUUUGUGGCACAUUUUUGCACAGUCAAUUAGCUUCGAUUUUUAUUAUUGUCCCGAUUUCAUUGCUUCCAAGUGUAAUAUGAUAUUACUGUGAUGUCUGCGUGUCUAUUUUUGAGAUAACUUCUUAAUAUAUAAGGUUCUAUUAUCAUAAUAGACGUAUCUAUUGUAAAUAGCUCGGGAAAUAUACUAUUCUGGUAUAUGUAGAAA